AUGCGAGGGAGGCAGCGAGUAGCAUCAAGGGAAACCAUAACAGGGCAUGAUAGUAAAGAUGAAAAUUCAGCUUCAGUACGUGUACCGAGUGCCAAACCUUGUUGGCGGCGCUCUUUGAGGCAUGUAAUAGUGGCUUCUCUUUCCUCAUUCUUAUAUGGAUACCAUGUUGGGGUAGUCAAUGAAACCUUAGAAAGCAUUUCUAUAGAUCUCGGUUUUAGUGGAAAUACAUUGGCGGAAGGUCUUGUAGUAAGUAUAUGUUUAGGAGGUGCUUUUAUUGGAUCUCUAUUCAGUGGAUGGAUCGCAGAUGGGGUUGGGCGUAGAAGAAGUUUCCAGUUGUGUGCUUUGCCUAUGAUCAUUGGGGCUAUCAUGAGUGCAACAGCAAAGUCCCUGUGGGGCAUGCUUUUAGGAAGAUUAUUUGUCGGUACUGGAAUGGGACUUGGCCCACCUGUUGCAGCUCUUUAUGUGGCUGAGGUCUCGCCUCCAGCUGUGCGUGGUACUUUUGGGGGCUUAACACAAAUUGCAACAUGUCUUGGACUCAUGGCGGCUCUCUUUAUAGGAAUCCCAGCCAAAGAAAUAGUUGGUUGGUGGCGGAUUUGUUUCUGGGUAUCUGUCAUCCCUGCUGCUAUACUCACUAUCUUCAUGGAGAUCUGUGCAGAGAGUCCUUAUUGGCUUUUCAAGAGAGGAAGAACCAUUGAGGCUGAAGCAGAAUUUGAGAAGCUAUUGGGAGGACUACACGUGAAACCUGCAAUGGGUGAACUGUCAAAGUCUGACAGAGGUGAUGAGUCUGGCGCAGUAAAACUCUCAGAAUUGUUGUUUGGCUGCCAUGCCAGAGUGAUGUUAAUUGGAUCGGCGCUUUUUGCUUUGCAGCAACUGUCUGGCAUAAAUGCUGUUUUCUAUUUCUCUUCAGCUGUCUUUGAAAGCUUUGGUGUACCAUCUAAGAUGGGAAAUACGUGUAUUGGAAUAUGCAAUUUAUUUGGAUCGGUUGUUUCAAUGAUUCUGAUGGAUAAACUUGGAAGGAAAGUGCUUCUACUGGGUAGCUUUUUAGGCAUGGCAGUAACAAUGGGUCUGCAAGUCAUUGCUGCUAGUUCUUAUGCAUCAGGAUUUGGAGCAAUGUAUCUAUCUGUCGGUGGCAUGUUGCUGUAUGUGCUAUCAUUUGCUCUUGGUGCUGGUCCGGUUCCUUGUCUCCUCAUGUCCGAAAUAUUACCUGGCAAGAUCAGAGCCAAGGCGAUGGCAAUUUGCUUGGCUGUGCAUUGGGUGAUAAACUUCUUUGUCGGUCUAUUCUUUUUGCGUUUGCUGGAACAAAUGGGUGCACAACUCUUGUACAGUAUUUUCGGUGCAUUUUGUUUGUUGGCUGUAGCUUUCGUGAAGAAAUAUGUUCUAGAAACAAAAGGGAAGUCACUGCAGGAAAUUGAGAUUGCACUUCUUGCACUAGAAGCAACCUAA